CUUUAUGACUAGUUUCAAUGCUUCAGUAUCCUGUAUCCGUUACUUAAAGUUUUGACAAAAGAUUAAGAGAACAAAAAAAGUAAGUUUGAUAUACUACUUUUGUUUCUACUAAGAAAAAUGGUGCCGCUACUGUGGAGGGUAUUGCCUAUCUUAGUACUCCUAAUUUCCUUUGCUCUAUUCUUCUAUCAACACGAUUCUCACAAGGUAGAAGGGGAUGAGUGCACUCUUUUUCCAUAUACUCAUUACUGGAUAUCCAGCAAGCGUAUUGUUACCUCACAAGGAAUCAUUUCUGGAUCAGUGGAGAUAAAUGAAGGGAAGAUUGUGUCUAUUGUGGAAGGAUAUGGUAAGCAGGGGAAUUCUGUGCAACAAGUACUUGACUAUGGUGAGGCUGUUGUCAUGCCUGGUUUGAUUGAUGUGCAUGUACAUCUUGAUGAGCCUGGAAGAACUAACUGGGAGGGAUUUGUUACUGGUACCAAAGCUGCUGCUGCUGGAGGUGUAACUACAGUGGUUGACAUGCCUCUAAACAAUCAUCCAACAACUGUGUCUAAGGAAACACUAGAACUUAAGCUUGAAGCUGCAGAGAAUAAAAUCUAUGUAGAUGUUGGUUUUUGGGGAGGCCUGAUCCCUGAAAAUGCACUUAAUACCAGUAUUCUUGAAGGUCUCUUAGAUGCUGGUGUUCUCGGUGUAAAGUCUUUUAUGUGCCCUUCAGGAAUUGAUGACUUUCCUAUGACUACUAUUGACCAUAUCAAGGAGGGCUUACCUGUGUUGGCAAAAUAUAGAAGACCUUUAAUCGUGCACGCUGAGAUUCAACAAGAUUCUAAAAGUCCUUUGGAGCUUUACAGCAAUGGCGACCCGCAUGUUUAUAAGACAUAUCUCGACACUAGACCACCUUCAUGGGAGGAGGCAGCAGUUAAAGAACUUGUAGAUGUUACAAAGGAUACUGUAAUUGGCGGUCCUUUAGAAGGAGCACAUGUUCACAUUGUCCACUUGUCUGAUUCAAGUGCUUCUUUGAAUCUUAUCAAGGAAGCAAAACGUCGCGGCGACAGCAUAAGUGUUGAGACUUGUCCUCAUUACCUAGCAUUCUCAUCUGAAGAGAUACCGGACAAAGAUACUCGUUACAAGUGUUCCCCGCCCAUUCGGGAUGCAUUAAACAAAGAAAAGUUAUGGGAGGCUGUACUGGAUGGAAGCAUUGAUCUAUUAAGUUCUGAUCAUUCACCAACUGUGCCUGAGCUCAAGCUUCUUAAGGAAGGUGACUUCUUGAAAGCAUGGGGUGGCAUAUCAUCUUUGCAGUUUGAUCUUCCAGUGACUUGGUCAAAUGGGAAGAAACACGGGUUAACUCUAGAACAACUAUCGUUAUUGUGGAGCCAGAAACCUGCAGCCUUUGCAGGGUUAGAAUUAAAGGGGGCCAUUGCAAUCGGAAACCAUGCUGAUAUUGUAGUGUGGCAGCCAGAGCUGGAGUUCGACCUUGAUGAUGAUUAUCCUGUUUUCCUUAAACAUCCUAGCCUGUCUGCUUAUAUGGGAAAAAGGUUAUCAGGAAAAGUUAUCGACACUUUUGUUAGAGGAAACCUUGUCUUUAAGGAUGGUAAGCAUGCUGCUGCAGCCUGUGGAGUUCAAAUUCUAGCCAAAUGAAUUGGUUCAAAACUGAUGUUAUUCGCCUUGUGACAUAAAUAAGAGGCGGAAGUAGCUGUUGGCAUCUGUGAUUGAGCUAGAUUUUCUUCUUCUCAUAUACUAAUAUUGUAGCUUGUAUUAUUGCCAUAACCGUUUGGGGACGCGGAGGAUAUUUAUUCUAAACUGAGUUCUUAAAAUUUCUCAUUUCUUCGUUAGUUUUUUAUUUAUUUUUAUUAUCCAGUCCAUUGUCGUUUUGGACGAUAUGUUCUGCAUUUUUGUUUGAACUCUAGCCAACAUUGUUGAUCUUAGACAUCACUAUGGCCACCUGAGACAAGUAGCAGAACCAUGGUUUGCAGCCUUUUAAAUUGUUGUUCACCGCUGAGAAAGUAUAGAAAUCAAAUUCAAACCUGUUUUAAUAAUAACUAAAAUAUUAUACGGA